AUGGCAACCCGCGCGCGGCCCUGGCGUCUCGGCCCGGCGGGAAGCGCGGGUGCUGAGAAGCUGGCGACAGGCGGUGCUGCGAGCGCAGAGGGCCCCGGGCGGCCGGGGCCGCUGCAGGACGAGACCCUGGGCGUGGCGUCCGUGCCGUCGCGGUGGAGGGACGCCCAGGGCUUCCGCGGGGAGACGAAGAGUUGCCAGACGGCCAGCAUUGUCACCGCCGAUGCAGCCUCCCAGGCCCGGAAGCGCGCAGACGCCGAGGUGCAGACCGAGGCCCCUGGGCCCGGCGUGCUGCCUGCGCCCCGGCACGACAGCGCCCGGCUGGCGGCCUUCCUCCGGAGAGUGGAGGCCACGGUGGUCCGCGAGCUGAACAGGAACUGGCGCAGCCACGCCUUCGACGGCUUCUCUGUGAACUGGACCGAGCCGCAGCGCACGGUGACCUGCCUGCACACCCUGGGCUACCCCCCAGCCCAAGGGCAGGGUCUGCAUGUGACCAGCGUCUCCUGGAACACCACUGGCUCUGUGGUGGCCUGUGCCUAUGGCCGACUGGAUGACGGAGACUGGAGCACCCUCAAGUCCUUUGUGUGUGCCUGGAACCUGGACCGGCGAGGCCUGAGCCCCCGGCAGCCGUCGGCAGUGGUGGAGGUGCCCAGCGCCGUCAUGUGCCUCGCCUUCCACCCCACGCAGCCGUCGCACGUUGCAGGUGGGCUGUACAGUGGCGAGGUGCUGGUGUGGGACCUCAGCCGUCCUGAGGACCCUCUGCUGUGGUGCACGGGCCUGACAGACGACACACACACAGACCCCGUGUACCAGGUGGUUUGGCUCCCCGAGCCCCGGCACAGCCACCACUUCCGCGUGCUGAGUGUGGCCACCGACGGGAAGGUGCUGCUCUGGCAGGGGGUCGGGGCGGGCCAGCUGCAGCUCACCGAGGGCUUCGCCCUGGUCGUGCAGCAGCUCCCACGGAACACCAAGCUGAAGAAGCCUCCCCGUGGGGAGACCGAGGUGGGCACCACAGCGGUGGCUUUCUCCAGCUUUGACCCCAGCCUUUUUGUUCUGGGCACGGAAGGCGGCUUCCCACUCAAGUGUUCCCUGGCAGCGGAAGAGGCCGCCCUCACGCGGAUGCCCAGCUCUGUGCCCCUGCGGGCCCCGGCACAGUUCACCUUCUCUCCCCAUGGCGGUCCUGUGUACUCCGUGAGCUGUUCGCCUUUCCACAGGAACCUCUUCCUGAGCGCAGGGACCGACGGCCACGUCCACCUGUACUCCAUGCUGCAGGCCCAGCCCCUGACCUCCCUGCGCCUGUCCCCCAAGUACCUGUUUGCUGUGCGCUGGUCCCCAGUGCGCCCCUUGGUGUUUGCGGCUGCUUCUGGGGAAGGUGAUGUGCAACUGUUUGAUCUCCAGAAAAGCUCCCAGAAACCCACAGUUUCCAUCAAGCAAACCCAGGAUGGCAGCCCUGUCUACUGUCUUGAAUUUAAUCGCCAGCAGACUCAGCUGCUGGCCGCUGGCGAUGCCCAGGGCACAGUGAAAGUCUGGCAGCUGAGCAGCGAGUUCACUGAACAGGGGCCCCGGGAGACGGAGGACUUGGAGCAGCUGGCGGAGGAGGUGGCCACCUGAGGACAGCAAAGCAACAGCAGGGUCCUGGCAGGAAUGUCCCUAAAUACAGAGGCAGGGGGGCGAGGCCCCAUCUGUGCUGAGCUGUGUGUUUCUUCUGGAAGUUGAAUGAAGACAAGACAAGCUUU